UCGGCGGCGCGAGGGCUGCUUCCCCUCGAGGCGGGAGGGGCGGGUCGCGCUCUUCGCUCCGCCGCCGCCGCCGCCGCCGCGCGAGCACCGAGGGCGGGAGCAUGUCCGCAGGCAGGGCCAAGAAAGUGAAGAUGGCCACCAAGUCCUGCCCGGAGUGCGACCAGCAGGUUCCUGUUGCAUGCAAAUCCUGUCCAUGUGGAUAUAUAUUUAUUAGUCGAAAACUCUUGCAUGCUAAGCGUUCUGAAAGACUUCCAUCCUCCGCAGAAAGUAGAAGUGAGGCUAAGAGAAGACGGACAGAGAGAGUCAGAAGAGAGAAGAUAAACUCUGUGGUAAAUAAAGACUUAGAAAAUAGGAGAAGAUCCAGAUCCAACAGCCAUUCGGAUCACAACAGAAGAGGACGAGGGAGACCAAAGACUGCCUCAGCCAAAAAGCAUGAAGAAGAGAGAGAAAAACAAGACAAAGAAGUUGACAUGUACGCAAACCUGUCUGAUGAAAAGGCCUUUGUAUUCUCUGUGGCCUUGGCAGAGAUAAACAGAAAAAUUAUCAACCAGAGACUUAUUCUUUGAUUAACUGGGUGGGACCUUUGCAUGCCAUGCUAUUUAAGCCAGGUAGUGGAUUUUGAACGUUCGGAGGCCUUUCAAGUGGCAGUUCUAGCCACCUGUGUCAAAGAAGACCAGAUGUUUUGACUGGCUGAAUCCUCUGCCACUGUUGCUGUUUUUGGAGCCUGCUGACUCUUUGUUACUGUUAAUUGUCAAGAAGCAAAAUGACCAACGCUUUGCUUUUGGGGAGGAAACAAAUCAAAAGCAAAAAAUCUUUAUUCCUGCAAAGACCGCUUCUCGAAGAACUCCAGUUUUUGAAAACAAAACACACCACACUGUUUCUUUGGACGUUUCUGCAAUGAAAAUGCAAUAUUUUAAUUUAAAUGUCUUUCACAACAUAGAUUCCAGAUUUUUCAGCUAUCUUGAAGCUUUUAUGUGUGUAUAUAAGUUAACCUAACAUUUUAAUAAAUGGAUAUUCUGUUA